CUGCUUCCCAACUUUAUUCCUACCUUCAGGCCUGCUUUAUUACUUUCCCAGGCCUGCUGUGAUGGAUUUGUUGUUGUUGUUUUGUUUUGUUUUUUAUUGUUUUUGUUGUUUUGUUUUGUUUUUUGUUUUUGUUUGUUGCUGUUGUUGUUUUGGUUUGGUUUUUUGUUUGUUUGUUUGUUUUUUGGUGUGCUGAGGAUUGAAUCCGGGGCUUUGUACCUGGCUCUUCUAUGUCAAAUUGACUCAAGCCAGAGUCAUCUGAGAGGGAGCCUCAAUUGAGAAUAUUGCCUCCAUAAAAUCCAGCGGUAAGACAUUUUCUUAAUUAGUGAUCAAUGCAGAAGGGCCCAGCCCAUUCUGGGUGGUGGUCUUCUGGCCUGGUAUCCCCUGGUUCUAUAAGAAAGCAGGCUGAGCAAGCCAUGAGAAGCAAGCCAGUAAGCAGCACCCCUCCAUGGCCUCUGCAUCAGCUCCUGCCUCCAGGUUGCUGCCCUGCUUGUGUUCAGUGAGGGUUUGGAAAGUAUAAGUCAAAUAAACGCUUUCCUCCUCCAGUUGCCUUUGGGUCAUGGUGUUUCCUCACAGCAGUAGAAACCCUAACAAAGACACUAGAAGAGAGGUUCGCUGCUAUUAUCUCCAGGUCACCAUUUCUACAUUUCCUGAGAACUCGUGAACUGGCCAGUUACUCUUGUACUUGUUUUUGGUCCUGGAGAUUAUUGGACCCAGGGCAUUGCACGUGUCAGGCAAGCAGUCUCUCACUGAGUUCCCAACCACUCCUCCUCCCACUACUUUGUUGUUGCUGUUGUUUGGGUUUUGUUUUGUUUUUUUUGUUGAUGUUGUUGUUUUUUUGUUGUUUUUUUUUUCUUUUUUUUCUUUGGAACUGGGGACCGAACCCAGGGCCUUGUGCUUGCUAGGCAAGUGCUCUACCACUGAGCUAAAUCCCCAACCCCCUUUUUUUGUUUUUUUGAGACAGAGUUUCUCCGUGUAACUCUGGCUGUCCUAGAACUUGCUUAUAGACCAGGCUGGCCUCAAACUCACAAAGAUCGUCCUGCCUCUGCUUCCGAGUGCUAGGAUUAAAGAUGUGUGCCACCAUCCCAACCUUUAUGUUUAAUACUUAGUCCUGGUUAGCCUAUGACUGAGCUCCUGCCUCUGCCUCCCAAGUGCUGCACAAACAGUCAUGCUGUGAUUUCAAGUGUAGAAAAUGGAGCAAAACACUCUAAGGUAGGAGGCUUCCCAGGAGGUGCCUCAGACUAAAGAUACAUGGAGCCUCUCACUGGAACAGCUUGCAUUCUGUCUACUAAUGAUUGUAACCUUGGAUCAUUGUGUCAGGAGCUCUAGUCUUUAACAGCUGCAGUUACCGGUGUGUGUCAUUCCUGGUGCCCAUAUGUGUGUCUUGAGUAUCAUGUGUAUCAUAGUGCUUCAUGCAUUUUCAUUAAACAACUGAAUGGAUCCAAGAGCACCUAUAUAGGACUAGGAAUUAGAAACAGAACAGUGUUUGUGCCCCAUGGAUGGAGGUUUUGGGGGUGUACUCCAGGCUGCAGAUCUAACAGGCAAGUUUCUCCCUUUGUGACUACUGUUGAUGCCUACUUUUAAUGCCUUGUGCUAUCUCUUCAUUGACAGCUUCUGGAGUUUCUUCAGUUAUAAAAUACGAAUUUCCUCACUCUGACCUCUGAGAAUAGUUCUGGGCCACGGAUGAUCUUUUGCACACACAACUUUGUCCAGUUCCUUUACAAACAUCACCUCUCAUGGGCCUUCAUUCAUUUGGUCAUAUGGUGCCUGGCUGAGUUUGGUGCGGAAAGCACAAAGCCACUGACUCUUAAGCCUCCGAGCCGUCUCCCAGGAGAGUCUCAGAGCUCUCUCAGUUGGCUUGUCUGUCUCCUCUUAGAGACUGUUCUGCUCUCCCCAGCUGUCUGCAGUGUUGGACCCCUCUGUCAGGGUGCAGCUUUUGAGCCUAAUCUUCCUGCAGUUUUACCUUCUGCUAUGAAGUGAUGCAGCUUGCCUAAGCUUCUGCAUGCUCACAGUAGGUUCCUCUUCCGAGUCUCUUCUCUCCCAGGAAAACACGUCCUGGCUCACUGGGCUCUCCUCAGUCUCUUCUUGUGCUUUCAUUCUGGGUCUCCUGAUUUCUUGCCCCAGUGUUUAAAAAGGUGAUUGAGGAGGAGUGAGUGAAGUUGAGGACUCUCUUAGUUGGGCUUUUUAUUGCUGUCAUGAGAAACCAUGACCACGACAACUCUUAUAAAGGAAAGCAUUUAGUUGGGGUUGACUUAUAUUGUUCAGAGGUUCAGUCUAUUAUCAUCAUGGCAGGAAGCAUGGCAGGAAGCUUGGCAGGAAGCAUGGCAGGAAGCAUGGCAGGAAGCAUGGCAGGAAGCAUGGCAGGAAGCUUGGCAGGAAGCUUGGCAGGAAGCUUGGCAGGAAGCAUGGCAGCACACAGGCGGACAUGGUGUUGGAGAGGUAGCUUAAGAGUUCUCUAUCCAGAACCUCAGGCAUCAGAAAGAGAGGGUGACUCUAUGCCUGACUUGAACAUUUGAAACCUCAGAGCCCUCCCCCAGUGACAUAUUUUCCCCCAAAAGGCCAUACCUCCUAAUGCUGCCACUCCUUAUGAGCCUAUGGGGGCCAUUUUCACCCAAGCCAUCACAUCCCACUCCUCGGCCCUCCUAAGCUUGUAGCCAUAUCAGAACACAAAACUGCAUUCAGUCCAGCUUCCUUGUCCAUCGGCUGUCACAGCCUCCACACUGUUUAAAAGUCCAAGGUUCAGUGUUUCCUGGAAGACCAUGGCAAUUCCUUAACUGUAACACUCUGCAAAAUGAAAAUGAAAGAACAGAUAGUGUUGCGGUCUGGGAAUCGCUGCACAGACCACUCAGACACCGAUCUCAGUCAAAUAGGGAUGGAUGGCUUAUUGAACGUUGCACCCAAGACUGAUCAACUGGGGCUGCAGACCAGGCUCGGGAGCUGUGUGCGACCUUCGGUUAAGAUCCUACAGGACUUUUUUUUAAGCCUAAAAUUCACAAACAUCUGUGCCAAGUUAUUCUACUAAUCAGGAUUUAGGGAUGGGGAUUUCCUUAGGAACGUGUCUUUGUUGUACACUUAUCCUGCUCCCAUUGGUUGGGGUAUUCAACUGUGGGGUAUUGAACUUGCCUAAUACUCAUGUCUUAACUUGCCAAACAUGAUGCCAGUUAACCACGGACAUGUCUCUUUCUGCCAAGGAGGAUGCCAGUUCCCAGAGAGGUCUUGGGAACUUAAGCUUUACUUGACCACAACUAAAAUUGAAGUCUUAUUCCAAAUAGCUUCUUAUAUUGGUGCAGCAUUUCUCUUAUGUUGGGAUCCAUCCCAGGGGCAGCUUAUAAAAGCAAAAACCACAGAAGCUCACACAUACGUGCAGGAACUGCUGGCUGGCCUUUGGUUUAGGUCCAAACUUAUUUUUUUUUUUUCGGAGCUGGGGACCGAACCCAGGGCCUUGCGCUUCCUAGGUAAGCGCUCUACCACUGAGCUAAAUCCCCAGCCCAGGUCCAAACUUAUUGUGGCUAACUAUACAAAGCAGUUCUAACUGACUUCUAUUGUGAUUGGUUUCCCAAGAACCCCAAGGCACAGAACAUCCUAGUAACAGCACUAACAACAUGAGAAAGUUUCCUUGGUAAAAGCACAAAAGGGCAGGCUACACAGAUAACAGUUACCUAGGCUUUAACAUUUUACCUAGGCCUUAACAGAUAACAUUCAUCCAGCACACAAUAGCACAAGAUUUAAUUUACCACUCCAAAAGAGUGGAAACUGGAUCAAAACAAGACCAAAAACCAGCUGGGCAAUUUCCAGACUCUGCAUCUUCAAGAUUUCAUCUGACAAGAAAACACUCUUCAGCUCUCCAACUCCUUUCAGCUUUGUUGACUACAGCACACUUGUUUCUCUUGGGCUGGUUCCACUCCCUGUUAGCAUUUCUUUGCAGGGAUCCCACAGCUCUGGCAUCGCCAAUAUUUUGGGGUCUGCAAAGCAACCCAGGCUUCACCUUCACAGCUUCACACAAUGGCCUUUCUAGGUCUCCAUGCAGGGACAGCUCUCACACAUGCCUGGCUUCAGCAGCUUUCCUUAGUCAUGGAGGGAGAGUCUAUGACCCCUUUCUUCUCUCCUUGACUCUAAAGCCAGAAGAAUAUGGCCAGAGCUGCCAAGUUCUGCUGCUUGCUGGGGCUGGAGCAUGGUCCCCUCUGUUCAAUUAAACCUUCAAGAGCUUUCUGGUUCUGAUGUUUUCCUUCACUGCCUAGGAACUCACUCUGUUGGCCAGAUUAAUUUCAAACUUAGAGAUCUGCCAGCCUCUGCCUUCUGAGAGCUGGAAUUAAAGGUGUGCCACCAUGUCUGGCCUUAGGUUUUCUUUAAUUCUUUUUCACAAAUCGGCAGCCUGGCUAGGUGGGGUCUUACUCUGAGGUCAUCACUCCCUUCAUUGUGCUUAGCACCAGACGUUAAUCUGGCUACACUUCCUGGUGUCCCCUUUUCCUCAGACUACAUUUGUAUUUCUUUCUGGCUUAGCUUUGCCUCUUUUCAUUAUAGAUUAGUGGCCAUCAGCAUGGCCACUAAUAACCAAACAACACAGUCUAUACUAGGUUUUCUGCAAAUCUUCUGUGCCAAAGCUCCUAAUCCAUAACUUCUAUUUAGCCUCAGGCAGAUUUUCUAGACAAAGAUAGAAAGUGACCACAUUUUCCACCAAAAUAUGACAAGAAUGAUCUCUAGGCCACAUACUAAUAUUCUUCUCCUCUGAAACCUCUUGACCUGGAUCCCCACAGUUUAAAUCACCCGCAGCACCAAUGUCUUCCAUGCUCCUCCUAGGAUGGCCCAGUAAGCCCCACUUAAACUGUCUAAUCUCUUUUCUAGUCCAAAGUCCCAAAGUGUUUCAUCUUCCCCCAGGCAAAAGCAUGGCCAGGUCAAUCACAACAAUAUCCUAGUGCUUGGUACCAACUUCUGUCUUAGGGUUUAUUGCCCUGAUGAGACACAAUGCCCAUGGCAACUCUUAUAAAGAAAAGCCUUGGGGUUGGGGAUUUGGCUCAGUGGUAGAGUGCUUGCCUAGCAAGCGCAAGGCCCUGGGUUCGAUCCCCAGCUCUGAAAAAAAAAGACUAGGAAAAAAAAAAAAAAGAAAAGCCUUUCACUGUGUCUGGCUUAGAGUUCAGAGGUUUAGUCCAUUAUCACCAUGGCAGGAAGUAUGGUGGCAUACAGAGAGACAUAGUGCUGGAGAAGGAGCUGAGAGUUCUCCAUCCUGAUCUGCAGGCAGAAAGUGUGACACUGGGCCUCCUUAAGCAUUUGAAAUCUCAAAGUCCACCCUCAGUGACAUAAUUCCUCUAAUAAGGCCACACCUUCUAAUAGUGCAAAUCCCUAUGAGCCUAUGGAGCCAUUUUUCUUCCAUCUACCAUAAGGACCAUACAUAAGGUGUUAGGCUUGAACAUCUAGGAGGCCCUGUACCAAGAUAGAGUUGAUGCAGAAAGAGCUUCAGAGGCUAAAGAACGAGUUGUGAACAUAGGUCUCAUGGCGGGUGAUAAGCAGAGCAGCCUGGAGACUGUCCAGCAACAGGGCCUAUAGAGGCAGCCUAAGGGAUAUCACUUAAGGGACACUUAGAGGGAGAGUAUGCCAGGUAAGGGACUGAGGAGUUAGCAAAAUGGAAGGAAAUACAAGAAAAUAUGAUAGCCUGUGAUAGAAGGCAAAGGGCUUUUCAAAGGGUGAAAGCAGGCAGGCACUCCUGGGUAGGUAUUCAGAAAACCCCAUUAAGUCAGUGCCAAGGUGGCACUUCAGGCCUGGACAAAAGCCAUAGAGGAAUAGGAUUCACAGGCCUGGGAGGCGAAGGAAUAAGCAGCCCUCUGGGAAAGUGUGACACAGAAAUGAACAUGAGAAAGGGCACUUUGGGUCCUGCUGGUGGAGAGCAUACCUAUCCUAUCAUUUUUCUUCACAACUGGCUUCCAGAGAAGGAACUGGAGAGGGAAUGAGCAAAGUCUCUACCCUAGGACUCCGUAGGCUAACUACUAACUUAACAGGUAAAGAGCCAUGUGGCACAUUGUCCCUGGACUCUUGGUACCAAGAGCAGCCCAUGUGAUCUGGAGCUCGGCAGCCCCAGAAACACUGCUCACUCCUGAGGUUAGUCCCUGUCAGGGACAGUAUCUUCAUAUCCUCAGUUUGGGUGUCUCUAGUUGGUUUUGUGAAUGACCACAGGGCCUUUCCUUACUUUGUUCACAAAAUGAAAGGAUCAAGUGCCUCUGACCUCAGACACUAAAAAAGACAAAACCAAACAGCUUCAAUAGUACCACACUUGGUUUGCCAAAGAUAAUGAACACAGAGCCAGUAUGUGGGGGACCAUGAGACCUAGCCAGAAGAGUGGAAUCAACUUACCAAGGAGGUGAUGGCCUUAUAAGGGCGAUGUCCUCAGGUUGCUUCUUACUAUCUUUGAUGGGUAUUAAAAUUAUGUCCAGUUUUUCUUCCCAGACCCAUACUCCCAGAAAUAAGACUCAGACUCAGUAUAUAUACACACAUAUAUAUAUAUAUAUAUAUGUAUAUAUAUAUGUAUAUAUAUUUUUAUUUAUUUAUUUAUAAAUACCUUGGCCAUAUAGCUAGGCUGUUCUCUGACUAGAUAUAACUUAAAAUGUCCCAUCUAUUCUAGCCUACAUUCUUCCACGUGGCUGGUUACCUGUGCUCAGGUACCAUGCAUCCAUCUUGUCACAUUUCUCUGGCGAGUCUCCUGCCUGGCUCUUUCCAAGAAUCCUUCUUCUCUCUUGGUUGUCCCACUCUAUUAACUGCCUAAGCCAUAGGCUAUACAUUUUUUAGUUGACAGCUGAUGCAACCAUACAAAAUAUAAAAUAUUCUCUCUUCAGUUCCCCCUUUUAGUCCAAUAAGAGGCUUCUUUUCUUUCAAAUAUAAUUUGAAUAAUUAUAACAAGUAUGAAACAAUUAUGGAAACUAUAAGGUAUGGUAUACAUUUACAAUGUCAAGCCCAUAGAAUUUGGCAAUUAAGGAAAAAUUUUUUUAUUAUCUAUCCUAUUUAAAAAAUUUAUAACCUAAAUCAAUUUCUAUCUUAAUUUGCAUUGCCAUCCUAAAAGCAUCUUCUUAGACCUAGAGCAUUGUCUUAAAUAGGAUAAACGACUAAGCUUAGUUGUGAGACUGUAAGAAUCUAGUCUUCAAUUCCAUCAGAGGCUUGAGAAGGAAUAAACAUUACCUGAGUUCAUAGAAAGCACAGGGAUGCAGCUUCCAAAGAUCAAGAAAUAAUAGAGACAGUUGAUUUCCCAGACAGUCGCCAUAUUCUCUAUAAAGUUGGAGCAUUCAUCUUUAGCCUUCUUGCCUAGGAUAUCUGACAGACCUUAUAUGAAGCAGGAAUUAUUAAGGACUUGCUUACCUUGUUUUGGCAGAGCUUAGCAAUCAUCUUCCAUGAGUUCACUUGUCCUUUUUGGACACAUUUGUCUGUAGUUGAAGCAUGGCUUUUUCCUUGCCUGUUGGCUAGCUUGCCAUAACUGAAGCAACUGCAUAUGGAGGUCAUUGAUGCUCUUCAUCUGCUUUGAAGAGGAAUGGGGGUACUGUCGGGAGCAGACCUGUCUCAUAGUCAAAAUACCUUUUAAUAAUGAAAUAAUUUUAAAUGUCAUUUCCUGUGGAUUUCUGAGUCUUUGAUGGCCAUUUAUCUAUUUAUAGCAUAUCUGAAUUGUUUAUUCUUAGCUAAUUACUCUCUGAAUAACCUUGAAAACAUUUUACUGUAAUUAGCUGUAGGCAUGAAUUUUUUUGCAACCUACUUUUAAUAACGGUUCAACCUUGCCUCUAGCCCACUACCCAGCAGAGGUAGUAGAAGUGAAAAGUUAUUAGGAUAUGGAGGAAGUGGAACUGUUCGGCAAUAGUUUCUUGGGGACGAGCUUGAUCUUGUUUCAUAGCAGUUCAGUCCUAUAGCAACAUCAAAUAUGAUUCAGGAGCUGCAGACUAGUCCUCUAGGCAGGCAGACACCACAUGUGAACCAACAGCUACAGUCUGGUCCUUUCAGGAGGCAGACACCAGGUAUGAACCAGCAGCUGUAGUUCAAUCUGAAGAAACCUCCAGGCUUGCCAACCGGCCUGAGGUGAGGCAGUGUAAGCAGCAGGCUGCUGCAGGAACCUCACAAGCAGUUCCUAGGAGUUUCUCUCAAUGGCAGCGUUACCAUAAGUUGAGCUCAACGCUAUGUAAGGAAGGUCACCAAUACAUGCAUAUCAUUAACGAAGAAUGUCAAGGCAGAGCAAACCAAACCAAAGCUCAGUGCUCGUCUCCCACUGUCUGUGGGGUCAUAGUUACACUCCUUCACCAAACAUCCUUUCCUGUGUCUCCUCCAGUAAAACAUCCUUUCACCUGUGACUGCUUCAGGAAAACAUUCUUUCCCCUGUCUCCUCUAGUAAAACAUGCUUUUACCUGUGUCUGCUUCAGGAAAAAUGCUCUUUCAAGUGUCUGCAUUAGCAAGACAUCCUUUAACCUGUGUGCCCAGCAAAACAUCAUUUGACAUAACUACCUUUCCAAAGAACUGGAAGUUUCCACUUCAGUUAGCUAAACUACUAUCUAAUAUGAAUAUCUGACUAUUUUAACAAUCUCUAAUAGUAUAUAACUUGUACUUUUAAAUGAGUUGCAUAGGCACAAUGUCUAAUUAAGAGUUGAAACAUAAUAUACAGUAUGUUGUAACAAAAUUAAUCUUAAAAUUUCUAUCAAAAUAUAAAGAUGUAUACCAAUGAAAAACCUUAAACCUGUAUCAAUAUACAAAAUUCUGAACCAGUGUAACAAAAUAUAACCUCAGUUCUGCAUCAAAAUAUAAAGAUCUCUACCAAUGUGAGAUUAUGGUUAUAAAAUUUUUUUGUUUAAGAGUAGAUUCAAUAAUCUAUGCUUAUUUGUCUAAUUUCUUAUAUUUCUAUAUGCCCCCUCUUUUUUCUCAGCCCCCUUUUACCUAAGAAAGAAAGAAGGAUACAGAAAAAGAAAAGGCAAAAGGGAAGACAGAAAUCCCGGAAACUAGGCUGCCUAUUUUUCAUUCCUGUCCAAGACCAUAAUUACUCAUAACCAGCCCCUAAAAUGACAACAUAUCUAUUACUCAUAAAGUAACUAAAACCAUCUACCCCAACUUAAGGGACUAGAUGGUGGUCUUUUUAUAAUUGUUUCCUGCAGAAUUGGGUAAAGAAUUCCUGCUUAGGGGCUCAAAAGGAAAUUGGGAAAAUGGUUAAGUCAAAAGAAAGACAGCUGGCCUUAUUUGUUGUCCAUUCUCUAUGUAGUGAGAAAGUUCAGGGCUUGACUGAAGUUCUGACUGGAACAGUCUGUAAGGCUGGAUGAACUGAGGUCAUCUGGGGUUAGCAGUCCUUUUGAAGCUGUUCCAGAAGCAAGUUUCUGGGAACAGCAUCAGUCUGAGGAAGGAUUUCAGAUGCAGUUCUCGGCAUCUCAGCAUUCCUGAGGGUGAAUUUCAUUAGGGCUGCAUUCUUGUUUCUUUCUUUUCUUUUUCUCUUUUUGAACAUAAAGCUUUUAAAGGGAAUAUGUACUUCUGUAUUAGUAUAUUGUAUGGAAUGUGCAAUGUGCGUAGAUCAGUUAGAGAUAAUUAUUUUGUUCUUUGUUUGAGCAGGCGAAAGACAACUGUCUUUCUUUAUGAGCUAGUUUGAUCAUAUAGCCAAACUGCAACAUAAAUCUUCAUUCAUGCCAUAUGAAUGAAAGGGUGGCACGAUGGAUUUUGAGCACUCUGUUGCCAACAAGAUCUGUUGGCUAUGCAGAGCUGAAGUUCUGGCUGGAGACAUAUGUAUGUCCCACUUAGUUUCAGAAGAGUUUAGCAAUAUACAUUACUAGUGCAUUCGGUUCUUUUGAUUUUCUCUUGUCUGUAGCUGAGAUCUUCAGGGGGUCUUCCUCUAUCAAAUCUGAUCCUCAUUAUUCUGGAAGGUGUCCAAAGCCUUUUCUUUUUUCCUGUUAAAACAAGCCUAGAGCCUCUCUCCCAAUGUAUCAUGUUCUUUGUCUAGCAGUCUGAAGUCAAAAGUAUAGAUUGAUCCAAUCUAGCAGUCCCUUUUCUACCUAGGUCUACUUUAUUUUGACUCUGUCACAGGGGCUUGUAAUGCCAUCACAAUCAUAGAACUUAUAACCACCUUCAUUUUGACAAUAAAAGCAAUUUAAAACAAAACAUUUUAAAAAUUAUUAUUAUUUAUUGAGACAGGGUUUCUCUGUGUAGCCCAGUCUGAUUUGGAUUUGCUCUGUAAAUCUGCUGGCCUCAAAUUCCUAAGAAAUCUGUCUUUGUCUCCUAAAUAUUGGGAUCAAAGGCCUGAGUUUAUUUAUUUAGUAUCUAUGUACCCUUGAAAACAUCUAUACUAUACCAACUUUUACCUUUUUUUCCCCUCUUUGGAGAUUAUUAUCUAUGUAGAUAAAUAGGCUUAUAUUUUCCUUUUUAUAUAUAAAUUUAAGAUUGAUAUGUAUUUAUUUUUUAAAUUAUUAAGAAUAUUUUUACUUAUUAUUGUAAAUAUAUAGUAAAAACCUACAUGGUACCUUUAAUGAAAAAGUGUGUCAUUUUGAAUUUUAGACUGUCAUUUUUAAGUGGCUGAAUCUAUCAGCAGAGGUCCUGCCCUGACUUUAUUGUGUAGACCAGGUUGGUCUAGAAUUUACAUGGUCUGCCUGUCUUUGUCUCCUGUGUCUUCUGUUACUUAGCUCAGAUGCUGUGUUGCGCCUGGCCAUGCCUCUGUUCCUUUGUUUAUAGGGAGAGGCGUUUUAGCCAUCUGCCCUAUUCUGGCCACAGGGCCACAGCAGCCAACCUCAGGCUGCAUUCCUGCAUGCCAUGAGCAUUGAGCAUGAGUUCCCAUAGAACAGGACUGGGCCAACCUGCUGGGAGAACCUGAGGUGUCUUAUCCUUCAGCCACAACAGAAGUCUCAACAGAUUUCCAUCUUCUGCUGUAGUAUCAGCCGCACUCAGCCUGUGUGUAAACAGGAGCCUAGUUUCUCCCCUUGGCCGCCCUGCCCUUGAGAGAAGUCCCAACUUUUAUGUUUUGUUUUUAAAUUUAGUACAGGUUUCUUUUAAAAGCCUCCUUUUGCACUAUAUCUGCAAAAGCAGGUUCUGGCUCCUUGGCUAAGAAAUCUCUCUCUCAGCAUUUCUUUUGUGUUGUUUUGGGAAACCUUUUUUUUUUUUUUUGUCCAGCUAGCUCAGUUGAUAGGCCAUGAAGACUCUCAUGGGUUCAGGCCCUACGUUGGGCACCAUAUUGUUGAAGUUAUGUCCGGUUCUUUCUCCCAGCCUCAUGCUCCUAGAAAUAAGACUCAGACUCAAUAUAUAUUUACAAAUACCUUGGCCAUAUAUCUAGGCUCUUCUCUGACUAGAUAUAACUUAAAAUAUCCCAUUUCUCUAGCCUACAUUCUGCCACAUGGCUGGUCCUGUACCCAGAUACCAUGUGUCCAUAUUGUCAUAGCUCCCUGGAGAAUCUCCCAGCAUCCUUUCUCCCAGAUGUCCCACCUCUAUUUCCUGCCUAAUCCACAGGCCAGAGGCUUUGUAAUUGACAAGUGAUGCAUCCAUACAGUACACUGACUUAUGCUGUUUGGUUCUUUUCCAUAUGGCCUCAGUCCUUGCUGUCCCCAGAAUUACACAGGGUGACUAAGAACCAUUCUUUUUCAUCUUGCCUUGCUGCCUAUCUUGGGGUCCAUCUUCUCCUCACCCCAAGUUCCUGAGCAUAUUGGAAAUGAGGGGAGAAAAGUAAGUCUCCCUAGAGAAGACAUCCCAGGAUCAAUGGGACUGGAGGACCCUGCUGUAAGUACCAGCUCCCCUGUGACCAGACCCAAGAACUCAGGUGCCACCCCAGCUUGUCCCAGACCAGACCCAAGAACUCAGGUGCCACCCCAGCUUGUCCCAGGCUCGACUUCAGCAGCAGAGCUGCCAAGACUCACAUUAGACUUGGCUGGGCUGCUAGGGAGGACCUGCCAAAGACAGGUUAAAUCAAGUUUCUGGGCAUGCAGAUGGUCUUGUGGAUACAAGGGGGAAAUCAGGACCUCUGACUCUGACAAAAGCAUGAAAAAGACUUGUGCUUACAAAGAAGCAGUCCUUGCUCCCUGCCAAGUGGUACAUUUAUCCUUUCAGCUGAUCAGGACUGAGUUUUCCUGGGGAAGCAGGGAUGAUGUACCCUUGACCCAACCGCCUACACUGGGAAAAGAAAAACGUGUUCUUUGCAGAGAUCUGGUCUUCAUUGCUUUCCAGGGGAAGUGCUAGGCCACUUGGGCAGAGUAAGGCAAAAAGAGGCUCCAGAACCUGUGGUUCCUAAUUGGUUCUUAUAUCCUGAGACAUAGGUGUUCAGGCAAAAGAUAAGAGGGUGGAGAGAAGGCAGCAAAGAAGACAAGCCUCCACUGCUCAGUGUUAGCCAGGCCCCCUCUAACCUAACCUACUUCAGCUGGCCCAAGUGAUCAGUCCUGACAGGGUGGAGGUAAACCAUCCAGGGAGGAUGUGAAGGCAGGACAAGUAGACAUCCUCAUGAUCCAGGUCAGGGCUGCUGUUGGUGGGAAGAGACACUCUUUUAAAGGACAGCAUUUAACUGGGGCUGGCCUACAGGUUCAGAGGUUCAGUUCACUGUCAUGAUGGUGGGAAGCAUGAUGCUGGAGAAGUAAACAAGAGUCCUACAUCUGGAUGAGCAGUCAACUGGAAGAGAAAGUGACACAGGCCCUGGCUUGAGCAUUUGAAACCUCAAAGCUUAUCUCCAGUGACAUAUUUCCUCCAACAAGUCCAUACCUUCUAAUGGUGCCAGUCCUUUGAAUCUAUGGAGGCCAUUUUCAUUUAAACCAUCAUAGUCCAUCUGAUACCUUAAGAAAUACAUGAAAGCGCUUUUGUGCCUUGGACCUGGGCCAAGCCUUUAGGAGUCCCUGACUUAAAGCAACUUGUGAGCGCUGUAUAGGUAGAAACUUAGAGCUUGGAAUUUACCCCACAUUCCCCAGGUCUUCUGUGCAGCAUGGUCCCAAAGCCCAUUCCAGACAUUACAGUAGUUUUGCUUGUUUUCAGUGACUUUACACCAGCUGCAUCUCUGUGUUCUAUAUUGGACUAUUUGUCAACCAGUGUAAACCUCCAGAGCAGUACCAUAUCCUAGGAUUGGACAGUCACUUAGUCAGUAAGCAUGCGCUGGAAUGGAAAAGGAAGCCAUCUGUGGGCAGGCAGCCCAGGUGAGGAAGUCAGAGGGACAGAGCAGGUGUAGCAGACGGUCCUGUCUACCUGUGCUGCUGGUCCUGUUGUCCCAGAUAUUGCCCAGAUGUCCUGCCCCUGGAGGGGACAGGAGAUGCUGACACAGUUGGUACUGGAUAGACCUGAGCAGCAUACUCCUGGUUUCACCCCUACUUACUUCCCUCGCAGCAAUCAGGACAGCUAGGGUGGCAUAUAGAACCCUAGCCUCAUGAGCUCUUGGGCAUGCAGGAUUACAGGGCUGCUGUGUAGUCUGGCCUUGCACUUUGUCUCCUCUAAGCUCUUCAGGAAGUUCAUGGCCCAGUGGACUGGAGUGUUGCAGGACAACAAACUGACAGAGGAAUGGUUAUUAUGGAGACAAGAAUACCUGCCUUAGUUGCACUGUUGAGAGGAUGUACAAGAUCCACUCCCAGCCCCGUCAAAGCAUUUGUGGGGAGCUCUUUGAAGACACUGCCAGUUAGCAGGAAUCACUGAUGGAUGGUGCUGUAAGCUUGGUAUUCUUGGAGGAGGGAUAUUUAGUAACAUUGAUCAUGUAAACUUCGUUUUGGGAGUCACCCAUAACUCACUCCUACAAGCUCUGAGCAGCAUUGGCACUGGCAGUGUCCUAAUGGUGUUUUGCGGGUAUAACUGCCUGCCCAGCCCAGACUCCCUAGUCUGGGCCCCCAGCCAAAGUCUGCAAUUUGGAAUGAGGCCUGCUUCAUGUGAACCUGUAUCCUCUACCUCUGUAUCCUCUGGGCAGCAUGGGCAUUGACUCUGCCCAGGGGCAGCCUUCUCUCACUGAUGUCACAUACUUAGGCUUGCUGUCCCACAGCCACUUGCAGACAUGCUUGUCCUCUCCCACAUUCCAGAGCUAUGUUCGCCACUCCUUUUUGCUCCAAAAUGGCUUCCUGAAUUUCUCCACCUCCCCCAGCUUGCCCUUUGGUACCAUGAUGCCAUGCCUUCAGUACCACGGUGCUGUCCAGCACACAGUGACCAUUGUGUCCUUCUGAUCUCUGAGAAACGAUGUUGAUGUUGAAGCAGAAGAGUUGGUUGGGGAGCUGGGAGACUUGGGUAGGAACCCCUAGAGUUGGAGCAACAGUGUGUAACUAGUUCACCCAGCUUCUCUGUUAACUUCCACCCUGUCCUCCCUUCCUGAACUACAGUUUCCUCAGGACCCAGGACUAAAAGCCAAUCUAUCCUCCGGGCCUUAUAGCUCAGCAAGAGCUGCAAGGUGGUCUGCACCCUCCGGAUACCAUUCUGAAUGGUGAUAACGUUGGGAAAAUGGAAAUAACAUCUUUGAGUGAAUGAAAGAAGUUACAGCCCAUUCUUAUUUGGGUCUGCAUGCCAGAAAGGGCCCAGGCAGAAUCGAGGGAGAGCAGCCAGCUGAUCCUCAGAGGCACCAGCAUCCCUGAGGCUAACUGCACUGCCAGGGCCUGGCCUUCUGAACCAUCUUCAGUAUCAUGGAGCCUCCUGGAGAGAAGCCAGGAGAAGCUGAGGCACUGAUUAUCACACCCCAGCUGCUGAAGUCCCACUCUGGAGAGUUUGCCCUGGAUUCCAUCCUGUUGCUGAAACUUCGAGGUUUAGGGGUGGUGGAUCUGGGUUGUUUGGGGGAAUGCCUUAACCUUGAGUGGCUUGACCUAUCAGGCAACGCACUUACCCACUUGGGCCCACUGGCGUCCCUGCACCAGCUGGCUGUGCUUAACGUCUCCAAUAAUCGACUGACAGGGCUGGAGCCACUAGCAGCCUGUGAGAACCUGCAGAGCCUCAAUGCUGCUGGGAACCUGCUGACCAAUCCCGGCCAGCUUCAGUGUCUGGCUGGGCUGCAGGGCCUGGAGCACCUGAGGCUCCGGGACCCUUUGGCCCGGCUUAGCAACCCACUUUGUGUAAAUCCCUCCUACUGGGCUGCGGUCCGAGAGCUGCUGCCUGGCCUCAAAGUCAUAGACGGGGAACGUGUGAGUGGGCGGGGCAGUGAGUUGUACCAGUUAUGCCGAGACCUGGACAGUUCCUUGCGCUCCAGCACCAGCCUAGGCCCCAGAGCCAUUGAGGUCCAGCCGUGGGUAGAGCCCGGCUACUGGGAGUCCUGGCCCAUCCGGAGCAGCUCCAUUCUGGAGGAGGCCUGCCGGCAGUUCCAGGACACACUGCAGGAAUGCCUUGACCUGGAUCGUCAGGCCAGUGAUAGCUUGGCCCAGGCCCAGCAGGCUCUCAGGCCUGCGAAAACCACCUCUUCCUUUGUCUUCUGAAUGCAACUCAACAGCCAAGGUAGUCUGGCCAUGGUAGUCUGAUGGAUCGUAGACAUUCCUCCCCUGCCCAUGCCCUUGCCUCUCCGUUUAUUUUUUUCUGGUCACUGACCCUGCAAACUAGGUCGUUCAUUCAUCCCUUUCUUGAGAGCUUCCUAACUCCUACAUCUCCCAACGACAUUUCCUGCCCCGUCCGCAGGGGCAUGCUUUCCAGGUAGCCUCUAGAAGGUAGAGGAAAUCCCCUCAUUAUCAACUACACUACAUAUACAAAUACACUAUGCAGCCAGGCUCCAGACGUGCUGAGCCUGGCUCCCUCAGAUGCCCAACCUAAGGCUUUGUGGGUAAGGUUCAUUGCCACCUGCUAACUCCUAUUAAAUAGUUCUGUGCUCAUAUGUAUCUUUUCUUGUCUCUUCUCAGCCAACACGGGCUUCUGUACCUCUGCUUUGGUCCUGUGGGAGGCUCCUACACUUACUCCACCUGCUUCUCUCUCAUGCUAGGUAGGAAGUGUGAAGAUGCUCACACGCACGCGUACACACACACACACACACACACACACACACACACACACAGAGUCUUUGAGCUUCCCUCAUAUGUACAGGUUGAGCUGAGGGAAGAACAACAACACAAGUUUGGAAAGGAACAGUUUUAUUAGCCUGGAGUUGAAAGUCUUUGGGAGGCCAUAUGGUGGGUACCGCCACGGCUGUACAGGAAGUAAGAUGAAACCCUACAGAAGAAGGGAAAACCAGAUUGGGUGUGUAGGAGGUUAUUUUUGUUCUGAUCUUGGCUUUUAUUUUUCCAUUUCACAUGUCCCCUUUCUUCCUCCUUUAGCCCAAUUUCCCCAUGACCCCUAAUGGCCCUCCCCAUUAACCACGUACCUGUCCAGGGCUUAUUUGGAUUGUAGAGCCCUGGAGAAGGCAAACUGCCCAGGGAAGAAGUAGAUGCGGGAGUCCUCGCCGGCCUGUGCUAUCUUACUGCACUGGGAUUCCUGAGGCUCCUGCUAGAAGCAGCCAGUGCUCGUUGCAGCAAUGCCUAGGAAGGGAGGCACCUCCACAACCCCAGGGGAAUGUCCCAGCCAUCCCCUACCCAGGUCUUCUUUCCAGGUUUCCUGUACUUCUCCUACAGACUUGGAUUUGAUCUGUCCCUCCAGGCCUCUCCCUAACCUCUUUCCCUUCUUACCUGAGGCCCUUGCUUCAGUAUUGGGCAGUGGACCAUCCGGCCUAGAACUUUACCCUUGGGGUCCAGUUUGAUGCAGGCCAGGCAUUUCCGCUUCCUCUGGGGAGGAGAACAUGAGUGUCAGGGUGGAGACUGGCCUCCUGGCCUGUUCUAAAGUGGAGGGAUGUGGUGAUUUGAAUAAGAAUGUCCCCCAUAGGGCGAGAUAUUUGAAUACUUGGUCUCCAAUUGGUGGUGCUGUUUGGGGAGUUUUAGAAGGUUUGACCUUGAUGGAGGAAGUACUUCACUGGGGCGGGCUUUAAGAUUUAAAACCUUGGACCACUCCCAAUUCACUCUGCUUCUUGUUUACAUGCAAGGCUGUGAGUGCUCAGCUUCCUGCUCUGGUGGCAUCCACGUCUCCCUACCUCCCACCCUGAUGGACUUUUAUUCCUCUGGAAACUUAGGCCAAAAUAAACCUUUCCUAUUAUUAGUUGAUCUUGAUGAUGGUAUUUUAUCAGGACAACAAUAACAGAAGCAGAUGGACAUGCAACUUACCCUGAGAGGAGAUUUUGGAAGUUCUCCCCUUUGGACACAGUCUCAAGUAGCCCAGACUGAUCUAGAAUUUGUAGUUUGCCUGCUUUAACUUCUCCAAUGCUGGCAUUCAAGUGUGUGCUACCCUUGGUUUGCCUGCAGACUAUAGUGCUUUAUCCUGUGCAGGGGCCAUUCCUGUGUGAACAUGCGUAUGUGUACUGCUCACAGGUAGUACACUGCACGGGUGUAUUCACAGGGGCCUGUGUUAAUGUGCAAACAUGUUUAAAGGCAAGAAUUCCCCAGAUGGUG